GAAACUAGGUCAAGUUUUCCAGGAAGCUGACCAUGGCUGCAACUAUCCCUGCUGUUGUUGUUUUCAGUGGAACAAGUGAGAUUACAUCUGUAGAAGAAUUCACAGGCUCUACUCCAGCAACCUUCACUGUAAACACCACUAGCCAAGCAUACCCCUACUAUUACUAUGAGUACCCCGACUAUGACUUUGGGAAAUGUGUGUAUGGACGUCAUGCAGCUCAUUUUCUUCCAGCCCUCUACGUCAUUUUCUUCCUCCUGGGCCUUCUGGGUAACUCUCUGGUCAUCUGGGUGAUCGCUUAUGGUGUGCGGCUCCGCAGCAUGACCGACGUGUGCCUGCUCAACUUGGCUGUCUCUGACCUUCUCUUAGUGUCUACUCUUCCCUUCCUCGCUCACCAGGCCCGGGACCAGUGGCUGUUUGGGGAUGUCAUGUGCAAAGUGGUCCUGGGUAUUUAUCACAUUGUUUUUUACUGUGGGAUCUUUUUCAUCUGUCUAAUGAGCAUCGACCGCUACUUGGCUAUAGUACAAGCCAUUUACGCCAUGAGAGUACGGACGAGGUCCUUUGGAAUGAUCGCAGCUGCUGUGACUUGGAUGGCUGGAUUUUUGGCUUCUUUCCCUGACCUGAUCUUUCUCAAACAGCAGACAGGUGCUAAUGGGUCUCAUUUCUGCUUCCCUGACUAUUCUAUUGAUGGUACCACUGCAUCUCACUUCUGGAGGAUCUUCACCAUUUUCAAAAUGAACUUUUUGGGUUUAUUUGUCCCGAUAGUCAUCAUGGGCUUCUGCUACUCACAGAUUGUGUGGAGGCUGCUGAACAGCCAGUCAUCCAAGAAACAAGCCAUCCGUUUAGUUCUCAUAGUGGUGGCUGUUUUCUUCUGCUGCUGGGUCCCCUACAACAUCGCGUCCUCCUUCAAAGCGCUGGAGCUAAUGGGGGUCUAUACACAAUGCGAAAGCAGCAAAGCCAUCACAUUGGCUUUACAAGUGACCGAGGUGGUCGCCUACUCUCACAGCUGGCUCAACCCCAUCCUGUAUGUGUUUGUUGGGGAGAAGUUCAGGAGGCACCUGGUGAGGUUGAUCAACAGGACGCCCUGCCGGCUCUGUCGGAUGGUCAAAGUCUGCAUACCUCAGGACAGACUCAAUGGAUCAGUCUACUCACAGACCUCCAGUCUGGAUGAGAGGAGCACUGCUGUGUGAAGUGUAUUCUUGUUCGUUUCUGUCCAUGUGGUCAUCUCCAGGACACACAAAAAAAGCUAAUCUGCUCUUUUCGUAUUUAGGUUACAAUAUGAUUUAGGGUCAAAUCUUGUUUUUUUUUAGUUUUGGAACAAAUUAGCCAGGGAGAUUUAAGAAUUAUGUUGUAAUGGAGUUGCAUGCAUGCAAACACAUUAUUAUAUUGGAGUGUAUUCACACAUCUCAAUACGUUUAAAGUUCUACUGAAUGCAUGAGAAUGUAUAAAGUUUUUGUACAUAUGGUUUUGGAUACAUGAGAAUUUUUUUACUGAAUUGAGGUUGAAACAGAUUGCCUCUGCACCUGCAGUUUGAGGUCAGACAACUGCAUCAUGAGCCUGUUUAACCUAAUUUAAUCAUCAUCUGCCUAUCAGAUUGACACAUUGACACGAGCCAGAGCCAAAUGUAGAUACUGCCCUUGUUCAAUCACACGGCAGGAAGACAAGUAGAACAAAUAUUAAAUAAUUUGUGCUUGAGCACAACCCUUUUAUCAGUGCAUCGAGUCUGCGUGUCAAACUGUUGCACAGUUCAGCAGUGCACGCAGGUCCCCGCAGGUCCCCGCUGCAGCUGGAAACCUGAAUGCAAGUUUCUUAGCAAAUGUAACAGCAGAUUUGCACCUAACCUCAACCUACAGAAAACCACAGGAUGAAAGAAAAAGGAAGUAUGUAACCGAGCUGUUUGUUUAACCUGUGCAGUCUCUGUGCAUGAAAAAUCAUUUUGCAGUCAAUUUUUUGAUUAUUAAUCAGAAUUUCACAACAACAAGGUCAUCAUUAAAUCAUUACGUUCUGUCAUGCAGAUGCAUCACAGUUUAAGUUCAGUAAACUCUAUCCUUAUGCAGUCUUGAGUCCAAAACUGAUAUACCCUGAUGACAUCAAAAUGACAUCAGCAAGCACAACAACAAAGCACUUUGAAACCUUUGUCACCCCCCUCUCUCUCCCUGCACUUCCUCACUGUAGCUCUACCAUCACAAUGAAAAAAUACAAUGCCAACUAGAUAUUCUUUUAAAAAAAAACUAAGUCAGUUUAGAGCCAAGACAUGCAGAAAAACCUUCAUUCAUAGUGACUUUGACAUUUACAAUUAGUGGGGUAACAAAGUGGCUCCUAACUGCUCGUGCAGUCAGUAAAGAAACCCAUGUUUUCCAGGUUGGGGCAUUUGUUGAAUUAUAUCACAUGACAUUUCCAGUAAUGUAGCAUUUUUACUGAUUUAUUAUUAUUCAUAAUGUGCUGUUUCUGUUUGAUUAUAUGUACAUAUAUUGUAAAACAAUUGAUAAUAAUAAU